AUGAAGCUUUCCAAAGCCGCGAGAAUAAUCUUGGUGGGCGCGCCGGGAGUGGGAAAGGGAACACAAGCCGAGCGAUUGCUCCAGCGCUUUCCUCAACUUGCUGCCAUAAGCUCAGGGGACCUUCUGAGAGACAAUGUCAAAAAUCAGACGCCACUAGGUAUCAAAGCAGAGCACACUAUGAAAUCCGGGGCGCUCGUUCCCGACGCGAUGAUACUCCGCCUUAUCCUACACGAACUCAAGACCAGAGGCUGGAUUCAACCACCAGCUGGAGCAUCCCCCAUGACCUUGUCUGCUACCGCUCAAGAUCAAGACUUUGAUGUCGAGGACAAUUUUGUCAAUUCGCCCUCUCUUGCCAACAUGGGAGCACCACCGCGCACUUCAGAAGACCCCGCCGCAUCCUUCAUCCUCGAUGGGUUUCCCCGAACUGCUGGUCAGGCAUCGCAGCUUGAUAAACUCAUUCCAAUCAAUCUUGUAGUAUCUUUACACACUCCAGCCGAGGUUAUCCUAGAGAGAAUUGCCGGACGGUGGGUUCAUGCUCCCUCGGGCCGCGUGUACAAUACCACUUUCAACGCGCCGAAAGUUGCUGGGAGGGAUGAUGUCACUGGAGAGAUAUUGACCAAGAGAGCUGACGAUGAUGAAGCAACGUGGAUGACAAGACUACAGAAAUUCCAGGAAACCAGUGAACCUCUCCUGGAUCAUUAUGCUAAGAAGGGUGUACUAUGGGAAGUCUCUGGAAACAGCAGUGAUGAAAUUUCACCAAAGUUAUUCUCCGAAUUCGAGAAAAGAUUUGUGGAUGGUGUUGAAUAA